CCACCACUUCCCAAACCUCCCGCACCUCACGCACCGCACGGCAAUUUCACGAGUUCACGAGCGCGUUGCAGCCUGCGUCAUCACUCCAUCUCGAGUGUAGCGAUCUCAAACCCUCAGUCGUGACAUUGUAACCCGUCGCCAUGUUGUCCGCAAUCUCGUGGGUCCCGCGCGGCGCGGCGAAGCCGUUCCCCAAAACGGCGGAGCUCGACGAGGACGAGGUCGCGGAGGUGCGCCGCCGCGCCGAAGGCGUCGCCGCCUCCGCCGCCGCCGCCGCCGUAGCUGGCGGCGCCGCUGACGCUGAGGAAGGAGAUGAGAGAGACGCAGAGGGGGACGCAGAGAACGACGAGGACGCUGCUAUGGAGGAGGAAGAGGAGGAGGGUGAGGAGGAGGAGGAGGACGGGGAGGCAGACGGGGAGGAGGCAGCGGCGGCGGCGGCGGCGCUUGCGGCGGAGAUUCGGAAAGCGAAGAAGGGCCAAUCGGCGGAUGACAGGCUGGCAGACGAGCUUGCUGAGCUGGACAUGGACCACUAUGACGACGAGGCUGACGCGGCGCCGAACCUGUUCGGUACGGGGAAGGGCAUCGGCGCGGCUUAUUACCGAAGCAACGAGGAAGAUCCGUACCUGACCAAAGCAGAGGGGGGGAUCGACGAUGACGAGGAGGAGGAGAUCGAAGAUCUGACCAUACGCGAUACAGACCUGCUCAUUCUCGCGGCAAGAAACGAGGAUGACGUCAGCUUCAUCGAGGUAUGGGUGUGCGAGGAGCAGCAGCAGCAGCAGCGGGGGGAGGAGGGGGAGGACGAGGACGUGGCGCAAAACGACAAGGAGCUCAACAUGUACGUGCACCACGAUAUCAUGCUCCCCGCGUUCCCCCUCGCGCUCGCCUGGAUGGACUUCAAUCCCGCCUCCGCCGCCGCCGGUUCCGCCGGUGCUUCCGCCGGGGCGGCCGCCGUCGCAGUUGCCGCCGCGGGAGGCGGCGCGAGCAUCCUGGCGCCAGGAAACUUCGUGGCAGUUGCGACUAUGGACCCUGCUAUUGAGAUUUGGGACUUGGAUGUUUUAGACGAGGUCGAACCCGCUGCAUCUUUAGGGGGGUUUGUGACAACAGCGGGGGGUCAGGGGGCGGAUGGGGAAGAGGAGGAUGAGGAGGGGGAGUGGGAGGAGGUGGAAGAGGAGGAGAUGGGAGAGGGGGGGGGAGGGGGUUCAGGGGUUAAGAAGGGUUCAAAGGGAAAGAAAGGGGAGAAGGACAAAGGAGGAAGGAAGGGAAGGAAGGGGAGGAAGGGCCAGGAGAGGGAAGCAAAGCAGAGCGGAAGCAGCCGACAAGGGAAGGCAGGAAAGGUUCAAAAGUCAGCAGCAGCAGUGCUAAAGGAGGGGAGUCACAAGGGCGCGGUGAUGGCCCUCUCGUGGAACCGCGAGUACCGCAACGUGCUGGCGAGUGGCGGCGAGGACCGGCGGGUGAAGGUGUGGGACAUGGCCGCCCAGCGCUGCGACCGCACGCUCAAGCCGCACACCGGCAAGGUGCAGGCCGUGGCGUGGGCGCCCCUGCAGCCUACCAGUCUGCUUUCUGGAUCGUUUGACCGCACAAUCGCUCUGACGGAUGUUCGAUCGCCUGAUGCUACAGUGCUGCGGUGGGGCGUCUCUGCUGACGUGGAGGCCCUUGCGUGGGACCCACACGACAGCACCCGAUUCGUCGUCUCUUCUGAGGACGGGCUUAUCUGUUGCCACGACACGCGGGCGUGCAGCAGCACUGGCACCACCAACCCUAUCGCCAGCUCAGCAUCCCCCGGUUCCCCCUUCCCGAACGCCCUCUUCACGAUUCAUGCGCACACCAAGGCGGUGUGCACCGUUUCCUGGAACCCUAAAAUCCCGCAUCUCCUGGCGUCUGGGUCGACGGACAAGACAGUGAAGCUGUGGGAUCUCACGGGCAACCAGGCGCGCUGCAUGGAGUCGUCAAACCCUAAGCUGGGCGCUGUUUUCUCGGUGGCGUUUUGCGCCGAUGCUCCUGGUUUCCUGGCGAUGGGAGGGUCCAAGGGGAAGCUCAAGGUGUGGGAUACCAGGAAGGUAGCGGAUGUGGGACAGAGGUUGAGUAGAGUAGUGUAGGCAUGGUCAUGUUUGCAGUAAAACUAGUUACUGGUGUGUUAUCGCCUUAGGAGCCCACUGGGUGGUUCAGAUCCAUCUGAACCUGUGUCUAGUAAUGGGGUACAAGUUUUGACAGUGUCAUUGCUACAAUGGCUCAUCUGCCCCAAUCUGUUUUAAGCUUACCACCU